AGACGACGGGACGAGUGGCUGUAGCAGACAGCGCAUAGCUAGCGUCGUUCGCGGGCGCUCGGUAGCGAGCGUUUGAAUCGGGGAGGCGAGAGAGGCACGCAACGUCGUUUUCUCGCGCGAGUGAUCCGUAUUUGUUGUUUGUCUACCGGCGCCGAAGAGAGCAUCAACCGCAUCCACCAUGGAUCCCGAGGCGUUCCUGGACAUCGCCAAUCAGGUCAUCAAGCUGAAAAUGUUCCCGUACUUCGACAUAGCACACUGCGUACUGUGCACGCUGCACGUCAGGGAAGAUCUAGGACCCGGUGCACAAGCAUUUUCUCGCAAACAUCCUUUAUCAUGUUGGCUGUCUACAAUGCUGGUCGUUUUUGCAAGCGGUAUGCUAUGCAAUGGAUUAUUAGGAGAACCAAUUCUUGCACCUCUGAAAAAUACACCACAAGUGAUAGUCGCAACUAUUGUUUGGUAUGUGAUAUUUUACACGCCUUUUGACAUUGGUUAUAAAGUAGCCAAAUUUUUACCAGUAAAAGUUGUGUGCGCUGCUAUGAAAGAAAUCUAUAGGUGUAAAAAGGUAUACGACGGAGUAACUCACGCAGGAAAACUUUAUCCUAAUGCAUAUCUUAUUAUGAUAUUGAUUGGAACACUCAAAGGUAACGGAGCAGGAUUUACAAAAUUGUUUGAGCGUCUCAUACGUGGCGUAUGGACACCGACUGCGAUGGAAUUUAUGCAACCCAGUUUUCCUACCAAAGCAUCCAUGGUUGCAUCGAUUAUCUUUGUGUUAGACAAGAAGACUGAUCUCAUCUCUGCACCACACGCUCUUGUGUACUUUGGCAUUGUUAUCUUCUUCGUCUAUUUCAAGUUAUCAUCGAUUUUGCUUGGCAUUCAUGAUCCAUUUGUACCAUUUGAAAAUCUGUUCUGCGCUUUAUUCCUGGGAGGAAUUUGGGAUUCACUGGCUAAAUUACUGGGCCGUGGCCAAGCUAAAGACGAAAAGGCGGACGCUAAGAAGACAAAUUAAAUAACGGACGUAUCAUCAUCCUUUCCAGAGAACGUAUCAUCACAAGCAUCAACUACUUAAAAAGUGAUGAAAUAAAACUAUUUGAAACUAGUCAGAUGACGGGGAUUAAUACUGAAUAACUCUUGAUGAAUCAUCAAAUGUUGGAAGUACAAUAAUUUAACAUAUAUAUAUAUAUAUUUUAAUGGCGGAAGUUAUAUAUUCGGUUUUUAAAAAAAGUGUGUGUCCAAAAAUAUCAACUAUUACAGUAUUAUUUUAAUCGUUGAACCGCAGAUUAUUUUCAAGUAAAAACUUUCAUGUUUUAAUUAAUAAUUGUAAGUGUGGUGUCAUUCGCAGAAUAUUUUGAAUUCGUCGAGAACGAUAAGAUACACUAAUUCAAUCAGCAAACCAGAAGUGUGUUCCCCUUGCCAAUUUUGAUAGAAACAUCUUACGUGACCUGUUAAUGGCUGAUUUUAAAAUUUGUUACCAAAUCGUAUAGUGUAAUAUGCAACUUUUACUAUUGUAUAAAGGCAUGUUAGGAUCCUAGCGAUUUAAAGCAUCUUACAUUAAUGAAAUUGUUUUACUUACUCGUUACAUAAUAUUUAUACAGAGGAAAUGAAUGUACUCAGGAAAAAUUAUUAUUAAUCUCACUGUUAAAUGAUUUCAAUAUUGAUCUGUAAAUCAUCUGUGAGUCCAAGUAUAUAAGGCAUCAAAACUACGCAAUAUGUAUGUAAAAACAAACAGUACGAGAAAAUGUCUUUUAUACUAUUGUAUUUUAUUAAAUUUCAAUACUGAUUAUAUAUCAUUAAAUUGUCUAAACGUUUGCUUUAAUUUUUAACAAACAAACAUAUGUAGGAAUUAGGAAUAUUCAAAUUGUGAACAUAUACAUUUUCAUGUAAUAAAACGGGAUUUGA